AUGGGGGGUCCAGGAUUGAGCAGAUAUAUGGAAAAGAUAAGGACAGAGGCGGACUGUUCCCCCCCAGAAACCGGAAUCAGUGGGGAGGAGUUUACAUUGUGUGAUCUGAGAUAUACGAGGGAGGACGGGGGGGAGGAAGUCCAAAAUCGCGUAUAUCCAAGCGGACUAAAGAAUCUGGGAAAUAUAGUGCUGAAUGUGGAUUUAAAGGCUCGUAUUCUUUGUAAAGCCUUACACAUGUGGAUGAGCAACUGGGAAGUAAACCCCUCCGGCCCGCAGGAGUGGCGCGACGGAUCAUGUGAUGCCGACAGCACGGGAUGUUUCAUGGCCAGGAGGGAUGAAAAGAAAUGUCCAUAUAGCGACACAACGGACCUUUGGACACAAGUUGUUAGCGGAACGAGGCUAUACAGAAGACAAACAUAUCAAAUGAAUCUCAGGACAUGUAUGGACAUAAUGAGUAUCAUCCUGGGAGUUUAUGAAAGCAGCCUAAACUCUCAGAAGAGACUGAAGAAGGACGAGGUUCCAGGCAUUUGUCAGAACCUCUAUGAGCAGUUGAAGACAUGGAGUGAUGAGAACAUUGCGAGGAAAAUAAUGCAGGAUUGGUUUAUAAACAAGAGACACACGAGACAACAGCAGCUGUUCAGGAUAGGGAACGGAGGAGCUACCGUCGACAAAUGGAAGGAUUUUGUGGAGAAAAUAGGAGUUGUUAUAACCGGAGUACAAUGUAGCCCAAAAGACGGAGGCGGGCCGUUUUAUGACACUAGUUGCGUCUAUGUGGGUAAAGGGAGCUGUGAAUAUAUAGAGCGAGAACAGGAGCAAUACGAAGAGUUACAGGAGAAAAUAGCCGAGAGAACACAGGAGAUAUCACAACAGUACAGACACGAAUCUGUGGAACAGACGUUAAUGAGAGCAGAGAAACAGCUGAGGGAAGAAGCCGUGGCUACGGAGAAGUCACCCAAUAGUCCAUUGACGGACGUACUGGGAGGAUUUGCAUUUUUGAUAACAAUCGUCGGCGCAGGGUUCGGCUAUUACAUAUAUAGGAGAGGAGGCGUACGAACAGGAUCAAUGGCAGAGAGAAGAACUAGAUCAGGGCACAAAUUACUUAUGAAAAGGGGAAUGCCAAGAGGAGGAGUACCAUAUGCAAACUGA